AUGUGUACGGUGCUGGUUUCAAAUUACAGUUUCCACCUGCCCAGGGCUCGCCAUGUCAGCAUCAACAGAAAUGCCCAUGUUGACCGGCUGUCAUUUCUGAAUGGCGUUUUCACCUGUCCUUAUAUGUCAGCUGCUUUAAUGCUGGAUUCGCCACGACUAGUGAGACACGGUGUUAAACUGAAUGGAAAACAUUCUUUAAUCUAUCUAUCUAUCUAUCUAUCUAUCUAUCUAUCUAUCUAUCUAUCUCAGUCUGCUCAUAUCUAUCUAUCUCAGUAUGUUCAUAUCUAUCUAUCUGCCUCAGUCUGUUCAUAUCUAUCUAUCUAUCUAUCUAUCUAUCUAUCUAUCUAUCUAUCUAUCUCAGUCUGUUCAUAUCUAUCUAUCUCAGUAUGUUCAUAUCUAUCUGCCUCAGUCUGUUCAUAUCUAAUCUAUCUAUCUAUCUAUCUAUCUAUCUAUCUAUCUAUCUAUCUAUCUAUCUAUCUCAGUCUGUUCAUAUUCUAUCUAUCUCAGUAUUUUCAUAUCUAUCUAUCUGCCUCAGUCUGUUCAUAUCUAUCUAUCUAUCUAUCCUAUCUAUCUAUCUAUCUAUCUAUCUCAGUCUGUUCAUAUCUAUCUAUCUCAGUAUGUUCAUAUCUAUCUAUCUGCCUCAGUCUGUUCAUAUCUAUCUAUCUAUCUAUCUCUAUCUAUCUAUCUAUCUCAGUCUGUUCAUAUCUAUCUAUCUCAGUAUGUUCAUAUCUAUCUAUCUGCCUCAGUCUGUUCAUAUCUAUCUAUCUAUCUAUCUAUCUAUCUAUCUAUCUAUCUAUCUAUCUAUCUAUCUAUCUAUCACAGUCUGUUCAUAUCUAUCUAUCUAUCUAUCUAUCUAUCUAUCUAUCUAUCUAUCUAUCUAUCUCAGUCUGUUCAUAUCUAUCUAUCUCAGUAUGUUCAUAUCUAUCUAUCUGCCUCAGUCUGUUCAUAUCUAUCUAUCUAUCUAUCUAUCUAUCUAUCUAUCUAUCUAUCACAGUCUGUUCAUAUCUAUCUAUCUAUCUAUCUAUUUAUCUAUCUAUCUAUCUUAUAUAUCUCGCUGCGUUAAUACAAUCAUUAUAG